GUAUAAAGCUUCACACUCUUCUUCUUUGCUGAAAAACCCUCCUCCAAUGGCGUCUCUCGCCCUUACCACCGCGGCUUCUCCUUCUCCUCUAAUCUCUCUCAGAUCCCGCCUUUCGUCGCCCAAAUCUGCCGUACUCAGGCACGACAACCGAUGCGCCUCCCGGCCGAUUAUCACUCCCCUGAGAACCGCCGGCCUCGGGAAUCUCCGACCGCUCAUUUCGUCAAACGGUUUCUCUAAAGUCGCAAAGUCCGGUAGCGUAUUCACCGUUAAGGCAUCCGCGUCGUCGAAAGGCGCUUCUCCGGUGGUUCCGACGACUCCGAAGCCAUGGCAGGGAGCGGCGAUAAAGCCUCUCAUGGCUUCGAUUGCAACGGGAAUCAUUCUCUGGUUCGUUCCUGUUCCCUCUGGGGUUUCCCAGAACGCAUGGCAGCUCCUUUCCAUUUUUUUGGCCACGAUCGUCGGAAUCAUUACUCAGCCUUUGCCGCUCGGUGCCGUGGCUUUGUUGGGAUUGGGAGCUUGUGUACUCACAAAAACCCUAACCUUCGCCGCUGCGUUCUCUGGAUUCGGCGAUCCGAUUCCGUGGUUGAUCGCACUCGCCUUCUUCUUCGCCAGAGGGUUUAUCAAGACCGGUCUGGGUAACAGAAUCGCUUACCAAUUCGUCUCCCUCUUCGGUAGCUCGUCGCUGGGGUUGGGGUACAGUCUGGUGUUCAGUGAGGCCCUUUUAGCGCCGGCCAUUCCGUCAGUUUCGGCAAGAGCUGGUGGGAUAUUCUUGCCGCUGGUUAAGUCUUUAUGCGUUGCAUGUGGUAGCAAUGUCGGAGAUGGGACGGAGCACAAGUUGGGAUCCUGGCUGAUGCUUACUUGCUUUCAGACGUCGGUGAUUUCUUCAGCGAUGUUCUUGACGGCAAUGGCAGCUAAUCCGCUUAGUGCGACGCUGACUUUCAAUACGAUUCAGAAGACAAUUGGCUGGACUGAUUGGGCAAAGGCCGCCAUUGUUCCUGGAUUGGUGUCGUUGAUUGUGGUCCCUUUCCUAUUGUAUCUGAUUUACCCGCCAUCGGUAAAGUCCAGUCCCGAUGCACCUAAGCUUGCUAAGGAAAAGUUGGAGAAGAUGGGGCCAAUGAGCACCAACGAGAUUGUUAUGUCUGGGACUCUUCUUCUUACGGUUGGACUUUGGAUUUUUGGAGGGAUGUUGAACGUGGAUGCUGUCACUGCUGCAAUUGUUGGGUUGUCUAUUCUUCUUGUGAGUGGAGUUGUGACAUGGAAGGAGUGCUUAGGUGAAUCAGUUGCUUGGGAUACCCUCACUUGGUUUGCUGCACUAAUUGCAAUGGCUGGUUAUCUUAACAAAUAUGGUCUUAUCGCCUGGUUUAGCCAAACUGUUGUUAAGUUUGUUGGCGGAUUGGGUCUUUCAUGGCAAUUAUCUUUUGGAAUUCUCGUCCUCCUAUAUUUCUACUCUCAUUACUUCUUUGCAAGUGGAGCUGCUCACAUCGGUGCAAUGUUCACGGCGUUCUUAUCUGUCGCUAGCGCUCUUGGGACUCCUCCCUACUUUGGGGCCAUGGUGUUGGCGUUCUUCUCAAACCUCAUGGGUGGUCUGACCCACUAUGGAAUUGGAUCAGCGCCUGUCUUCUACGGUGCUAACUAUGUUCCACUAGGUAAGUGGUGGGGAUAUGGAUUCUUAAUCUCUGUUGUUAAUAUCAUUAUUUGGCUCGGAGUUGGAGGAGCUUGGUGGAAGUUUAUUGGCUUGUGGUAGGGGAUUUGCAGCAUUUUAAGUCUGAGUUUUCUGAUUUUCAGGAUGCCAUAGUUUUUCCUUCUAUUCUUUUCGUAGAAAUAAUUUUUUUCUUUUGGGGCCUCUUAGAGUUUGACUUGGUGGAAAAUGGUAUACAACAUGAUGUUAUUCAUGGAGGUGGUAGAGAUUGUUUAUAUGAAAUUUUGACUAGGCUUGCUUGCGUAAUUGCUGCCUGCAAUUUUAUGGCACUUAACAAGUCUUAUCAUAUUUUUUUCUU